AUGAGUUCUGAAAAACAGCCUUUCUAUGAAGAAAACGGACGAAUGUAUCAUGCGUACCGCAAAGGGGUAUAUAUGCUACCAUGCGAUGAGCAGGAGCAAGAUCGCCUUGAUAUCUUCCACAAAUUAUUCACGGUGGCAAGGGUGUCGGAUGGCCUAAUGUACGCCCCGCAUCCCAGGAACGGCCGAUUUCUAGACUUGGGCUGCGGGACCGGGAUAUGGGCAAUUGAUGUUGCCAACAAAUACCCAGACGCUUUCGUUGUUGGGGUUGACCUUGCUCCCAUACAGCCCUCAAACCACCCAAAGAAUUGCGAAUUUUACGCCCCAUUCGACUUCGAGAGUCCUUGGGCCAUGGGCGAGGAUUCUUGGGACCUGAUUCACCUGCAAAUGGGGUGUGGAAGUGUGAUGGGAUGGCCGAACCUGUACCGGAGAAUAUUCGCUCACCUUCGACCUGGGGCUUGGUUUGAACAGGUGGAGAUCGACUUUGAACCGCGGUGCGAUGACCGUCCUCUCGAGGGACUAGCUAUUCGACAGUGGUAUCAGUAUCUAAAGCAAGCUACACAAGAUGCCAUGCGACCUAUAAACCACAACUCUCGUGAUACAAUCCGAGAUCUGCAGGAGGCUGGUUUUACCGAUAUUGAUCAUCAAAUGGUGGGGUUGCCCCUUAACCCAUGGCAUCAAGACGAGCACGAAAGAAAGGUUGCUCGCUGGUACAAUUUGGCUGUCUCGGAGAGUAUUGAGUCGCUCAGUAUGGCGCCUUUCAGUCGUAUUUUUAAUUGGGACUUGGACAGAAUCAGGCGCAUUUCGUCAGAAGUCAAGUCGGAGGCGUUCAACAAAGAAAUACACGCCUACAAUAUCCUUCAUAUAUACCAAGCACGGAAACCUGCGAACUGA